AGGUGGGGACUGGAUGACCAUGCAUGCUCUCUGUCUCUCUCUCUCUGUGUCUCUCUCUUUGGUAUUUCACUCACUAUUAUGCAGAGAUUUAGCUUAAUUAAAAAAAAUAAAAAAUAAAACGACCUGCAGACCAAAACCACCUCAUGGUGAUGAUGAUAGGAUGUUGGAACAGUGAUUUGGCUUUAAAUCAACUGAUAAAGGCCCAAAGCUUGUAGUUCCAAAACUUAUAUUAGGUUUAAGUAUCAAAAAUGUACUCACACUGUUCAGCUAUACAAGAAGCAGAACAGGCCCAUAACAUAACUGAGCAUACAGUUUAAUGAAAAACUUGAGUGUUGUCUAUAUACUUACAAUUAUGGAAUAAUUAAGCAACUUUUUUUUUCAUUCAGACAGACCGUCAUGUCAGUCUCCUCUGACAGUUUAAAGUUUCGUCUCCCCACCCACGGUGAUUCCAUCCUCAGCAAAAUGAACGGUCUGAGAGAGGAUCACCGCUUCUGUGAUGUCACACUCCUCCUCGGGGGUCCGCAAGGCACCACAGUCCAGCCUCUCCACUUCCACGGUCACAGAGUGGUGCUUGCAGCGUCCUCAGACUUCCUGCGUGACCAGUUCCUGCUCCACGAAGGCCGGGCAGAGCUGAGUGUGGGUGUAGUCUCCAGCGUGGAGGUUGGUAAGAGACUGCUCCUGUCGUGCUACACCGGGCUCCUGGAGGUCCCUCUGAGGGAGCUGGUUAGCUACCUCACUGCAGCCAGUGCGCUUCAGAUGAGCCAGGUGGUGGAGAAGUGUGCCCAGGCUGUCUCCCAGUACCUCAGUCCAACCCUGGCUUUCUUGAAAAUGGAGAGACAAUCAGAGGAGCAGGAAAUCCUGCAGCCAGACAGUGGUUGGCCAGGCCCCAGCUUCAAAAGUCAGGAGGAAAGGGAUGCGGCCCAACCCAGCACAAGUAUCCAGGAAGCAAGUACAGAGGGCGGGGGAGCGACUGUGAUUCAGUCCAAGUCGAGCGCUAGCCAGGGAGCAAAGGUGGAUAAUCAAGGACACAGAGAGGUUAGUGAGGAUAGAAGGGUGGUGAAAGGUGAAAUAGAGUCAUCUGAAGAUGCAGCAUGUUGUUUCAACUCCCUUGAGUCAGGGGAAGGUGGAGGCAUCCAGGCUGAUCACACACUCAAACCAUCCUAUCAAGUUCACCACAUUACAGGUACCCUAAAAUGUAAGCUACACACUCCCACAGCUGUCCAAGAUUGUACAUCCUCCACAAACAUGGGAUGUUCUGCUCAACAUGAAGAGGCGCUGAACAGUUCCCAAAGCCCAGAUGAAAUGCUCUCAGUGGCAGGUCAACUUCAAGACUGUGGAGAGCUGAUGGACUCCCACAAUUUAUUUUGCCUCUCUGGAGCACAUCUGUCAAACAGUCAUUGUUCUGGAGAUGAGCUGACAGAGGAUUCAGACAGCAUAUUGGUCCAGAGACCAUACCUGUGCAGGAGGUGUGACAGAGUCUUCCAGCACCUGGAGAGUUAUGUGGGACACUUGAAGGAACACAGGCAGUACCUGUGUUUGGUCUGUGGGAAAGGCUUUUCCCAGAAGAGUAACCUGUCUCGCCACAUACAGGUCCACACUGGGGUCAAGCCUUUCAGAUGCCCACUGUGCCACAAGAUGUUUUCUCAGAAAGCCCCACUGCAAGACCAUCUCAACCUGCACACAGGGGACAAGCCCCAUAGGUGCAACUACUGUGCUGCGCACUUUGCACAGAAGACAGGCCUCAGGCGCCACCUGAAGGAUGUUCAUGGUAAGAGCGGCCAGCAAAACAUACUCGAGGAGGCUGUGGACUGAUAAUGAAGAAGCAGUUUUAGCUUAUGUUUAGUUAAUACAGUUUGUCUUAAUAAUUGUUUAUCUUAAUAAUUAUUUAGGGAGGAUGUUAAAAAAGGUGCCAGAACAAACAGUAAGCAACAUGAAACAAAUUACUCUGACUUUCAGGAUAAUAAAGAAAAGGUAAGUUAAUUAUAAAAAUUUAAUCUUGCAUUGAUUUUUGUUAAACAGCAGAGCAAAAACACUGAGUGGAGAUGAUCUCACUUGCUGCUACACUGGUGUCUUCCAUUACACAGAUUGAGAGUUAAUGCAUUUGCACUGUAACAUUUGGCUAAUGGAAAAUAGUAGGGAUCCUACUGUGCCUUGUGCAGUGUUUUCCUGAUCUCUGUGGGUACACUGCUGAAGUGAGUCCUGUGGCCUGCAGUGUACAAAUUUCAUUACAGUGUAUCAUCUGCCAUGUAUAAUAGUGAAUGUCGUCUCGAAGAGUGUUGAGAUAGGCAUUGUUUCCAACACCUCAAAGAUAGCUUUUUAUAUGCAUUUUAUAGUGCGUACAGACAACAAAAUAUAAGCUUCUGUUCCCUUUUACACCAAAGAUUAUCUAAACUACAAUAGAAGAAAUGUUUAUUGAAAGAUAAGUAAAAAAAAGUGAAUGAACAUUGCUGUAAUUACUGCAACAAAUUCCUUAGUUCCUUGACUUAUUUUCUCUUAUUGUGAAGGAAAUUGUGAAUACUGGAAGACAGACAGAUACAUAGAUACUGUCUGUAUUAGGCUAGGGUUCACAGAAAAGCAUAGCUUCACCAUUUGACCCCAGUGAAAUUGUGUGCAGCUCGCUGAGCAUUACUUUAUAAGUGAGUGGGUUGUUCCACAUGGCUGAGAGGGUUUCCAUGCUCUCUUGCUCCGUUCCUUCCCUUCACAUGUCUCCUCUUCUCCUUCUUUUAUCCUUUCGGCCCAGAAAUGUCAUCGUCACUCAUCUCAGUGAAUGGAACACUAGUUGUUGCCCUCCUCAGGGCAUCCGAGACACCACGAGCAGGAAAUUUGUGACUCUGUGUGCAGACAAAUAGCGAAUGCGUGGUGGAGUGUGCAUAUUCAGAGCAGAAAUUUUUGUGAGAACGUGUGUUUAUGUUUGUGUGAAUAAGGAUGACAGAGAAUACACUGAAAUAUAGUCAAAUAUAAACCAAAGCAUAUGAAGUGUAUCCACCAAUUUCCACUGCAUUACAAGAGACACCCAUAACAUAUCUCAGAGCAAUUUGCACAUAAUACAGUAAGGUUGUGAUUAAGUUACAGUCAAUCAUAUUUCUCAUUUGUGAACAUAAACCAUACUUUAUUUGUGAUAGGAUGUUGAAGGAAUUAGCUUGACAAAAUUAUUCUGACAUGGUUUGAUCCUGUGAUUGUUGCACUAAUCCAGUAUUGUAUCUGCCUAAAGUAGGUCAAAAUACAUACAUACAUACAUGCACAUGUCCAUUCCCACAGAGUUUUACACAUAAACUAACACAGACAAAUAGUAAAUGUAACAUUCAGGGCACCUCCAUUAUGAGUGAUAGACAAAGGUAUAAAAUAUGAGGACAGUGAAGGCAAUUGGGGAAAAUGAAGGAGAAGUAGAAGAAGAAAGGAUAUUGAAAAAAAAACAUGUUUUUUUUGUCUUGUGAUAUUUGAAACCUGAAAGUAUAUGUGCAUGUGCUUGACUAUGACUCUACCUGUUUACUCUGAUGUUGGUUGGAAAGAUAGUGUUCAUACACCCGUGCCCACAGUUUGGUAAGAUGUCAAGAUGAGCCUCAAGGAAGGAGCAUGAAGGUGAAAGAGCAGCACCCACACCUCCUUCAUGCCCUUGAGCAGGCCCUCAGUGAGUAGAGCUAUUCAGUGGCCAGCAGGUGAAACAGUGGUUGUACAGGUGUGAGUGUGUGUAACUGUGCAUGUGGAGAAAAGAUGCUCUCAUCAAAAC